AUGCUACAAAUAUUCCUUGAAAACAUCAGAAUAUUCAAGAAAAUUUUAGAAAAUAUAAUUCAUUCAUUUUCUUUUUUAGAACGGUUUAUCAACGGUUCCUUGCAGGGUUUUCCUUGGGGAGGACCUAACGGUUGUCCGAGGAGGAGGGGUCGACAAACCUAUACGAGGUUUCAAACUUUAGAACUAGAGAAGGAGUUUCAUUUCAACCACUACCUUACACGCAGGCGUAGAAUUGAGAUUGCCCAUGCGCUCUGCUUAACUGAACGACAGAUCAAAAUAUGGUUUCAAAAUAGGAGGAUGAAACUGAAGAAGGAGCUGAGAGCCGUCAAGGAAAUUAACGAGCAGGAGAGGACAAAGAAGAGAGAAGACAGAGGACCGGAGGACAAGAAUGUAUACCAGGACAAGAAUAUGUUCCAGGACAAGAUGUACUCCAACAAGGUUAUGGAGGACGAGUCCCCGCAGGACAACAUGCAUUCAAUGCAUUCCAUGCAUUCUCAGGGUAUGUCCCAUCAGUGAGGCCGGGGGUGCGGCUCGGAAACAAAUUUGCAUGUGCGACUCUGUCUAUCUCUCUAACUAUCUAUCUCCACUCCUUUCAAAUUUAUCGUUUUCUAUCGGUCUUCUUAUGGAAGUCCUAGUGGUUCAAAACAGUGGAAUUGUCGCUCAACUUGUAAAAAUCCACUUAUUUCUACCUUUACUGUGUAGACUGUAGGUAACAUAUAUACGUAAUCAAACCAGUGCAAGGGAAGACGACUUUCACUCAGUCAGACGGAUUUUUGAAAAUCCGCGAAACUCAUCUUUCAGUCGUCUUCCUUCCAUAGUCCUUUUGUAACCGAUGUAUCCAACUUGAAAAAAUCUCGUUAUACGUAAUUUUGUCUUCUUUGAUAUUAUUAAUACUAUAAAUAGCAAUAUAUAUAUAAAUUAUACUCAGGCUUGUUUUUUUAAAAAUUAUCAAAAAAAAUGAAAAUUAUUUCCGCCAUCUGCGGUUAAUGAAUAUUUAUCAAUGCCAAAUUCUCUAAGUAUCCAUUGUUAUUCAAAAACCCUAAUCCAGAUUCUGUAAAUUUUGAAGAAUAAGUUAGAUUCUAACUUUUUCUUAAAUGUAAUAACCGCAGAAAAUCUUUUUGUAGGGUACAGGCCAACAAAGAUGUUUUACUAAACAUUAAAAAUCAAAAGUUUUUAGAAAAAUAAAUAAAACCUCCAACCCCUACCCAAUUCAAAUAAGAUUUUCUGCAAGUUACGAAAUUAGAAAAUAAAAUGCUGUCUGCUUUCAUCUCAUAUUUUUAAGGAAAAUUAAUAUGUAAAAAAAUUGUACUUUCUCAACCAGGCCAGGAACCAAUUGAUUGACCUUUAAACCAAUCAGUCAAAAUUCAAUAUAUACGUAAUCUUAUUUUUAAGACUGAUGAUAUUUAGUUUUUAAUUAUAAAUCCCAGGCAAGCUAGAGGCUGAGUAAGC